AUUUUUCAAGUUGUUGACAUUGACACCGGUUGAUAAGCGAAAACCUUCGCGUGUGAUCUCCAAAUAGAAAAGGGCGGAAUUCUAUGAAUUUGGUAUCGAUGUUCAUCGGAAAAAAGCCGAAGGCCUAGUUUUUGUCCACAAUUACCAUGGGGGUGCAACUCGAUGAGGCGCUGUGAUUGUGGGACAGGCUUUACCCAGACAGGUGUCUACAACAAGCCAUGUCAUGGCAGGGAGACAUGGGUCUCCCCCCUACUCACUCAACAAAUGUGCCAGAUUAUCAGAAGAUGUUGCAGGUUCCUCAGUAUUCUAAUGCAGGAUGGAGGGAGGCACCUCAUUUGGGGGAUGCACGGACAUUAGUGCCGUCCCCUGUCGUCCGACACCAAGUCAACUCCCCACAGAAGCUAGGGGGACAGCAUCUCGGGUACCACCCCUCCAAGUACGGACUGGUUGCGGGGUCAACUCACUACCCUGAGUCCCAGUUUAAUGAUGACAUCCGCCCCAGUGAACGUGCUGUACAGUACUCCAACAGGGAGGGAGAGACCAUAUACAGAAUCCAGGAGGCCUACAUGCCGGACCAGCUCCCUGUGGAAGACAAGCUCCAGUAUGAUGAGGACUACAUGGACAUGAAAACACCGCCCAGUCGGAGCGGACAUGACCUCCAGAGCGGCUAUAAGACUCCUCCCAGCAAGACAUCAACGUUGUCUGAGUUCCAUCAACUGCCUAAAAGUGGAUUCAGCAGCAAGGGAGAUAUGAGGCAGUGGCAGACACAGCAACAGCAGUAUUAUGAUCAGCAGAGUGGGUACAGCAAGGGGGUUCGGCAGACCGGGAUGGAGGGGGUGUUCCAGCAGCUGUCUGUGAAGGACGAUGAUGAUGAAACCCAAUGGGACCCCGUCAGGAGAGCAGCCGACAGCAUCAUCAAGGAGAAGAAUAUGAUCAUACACAAGUUGAAGAGCAAGAUCUCUAUGAUGGAGGAAGACUUGAGUAUAUGUGAGAACAAGCUGCGCAGCGCCAUUAUCAGCAAGGAGGAUCGAGAUGAUGUUCUUCAUCUCAAACUACAGGAACUACAACACAAGAACAGUGCCAUGAGAACAGAUAUCAUUGACAGCAAAUCCAAGAAGAAUGCUGAGCUUGAUGAGAUGGAAAUCAAGUUAGGUGCUGCAGAGCAUGAGGUGAUGCAGCUGAAAUCUGUGUUGAGGAACAAGGAGGUUCAAGUGAGGGAGGCUCAAACUAAGUUGGUUGAUGCUGAACGUGAGGUAGAAGAGUGGCGGUCCAAGUUUCUGGAUAUGAAAUCCAACCACCAGAGCAUGAAGGCCAACUUAGACAGCCUAGAACGCUACCUGGCAGACUUGCCAACAGUGGAAGAAAAAGCUCAAAUGGCCAAAGAAAUAUCCUUUUGUCAGUCAUGUUUAAACAAAAGGGGGCGAGCUGUUAGCCAGGCUACACAGGAGGACCUGGAGAAGAAGCUGAUCCUGACCAAGCAGACUCUGUCGUCCCGGGAGAUGGACCUGAGGGAAAUGAGUGAGAGGGAGCACCAGAUGCUGGACCGCCUGAACGCAGCCACGGACGAUGUGGAGAAGCUGCGGUCAGAGGGUUCAGGGGCUGCCCUCUACAAGGCAGAAGUGGAAGCACAAGAGUUGAGAGAAGAGAAGGAAAGAUUGGCAAUAGACUUGGAGAGAGAAAGCGAAAAAGGUAUGUUUCUGCUUGAGACGACAGUACGGCGUUUACGUCACCUGGAGGCCAAGCACCAGAGUGAGUCUCGCCAGAUGAGCGAGAGGGUCAGCCAGGAGGAGGAGAUGGUGAUUGCACUUCGAGGAGAGGUGGCCACAAAAGAUUCCCAGGUUGAAGACCUCAGGAAGGCUAUGAAAGAGCUGGGCUCCACCAACCAGGAUCUGAUGGAGCACAACCUCAUCAUGCAGGAGCAGUUGAAGCAUCUCGAGCUGCAGUGUACAGACGAGACACUGAAACGUCAGCACCGCUUGAUGCGGGAGCUGGGCUUCUGCUUCUCCGAGCUGCAGUCGCUUGUGCAAGUGUGUAUGCAGAGAGCCCAUGGAGAGGAUCCCAACAUUUCCAUGCUGCUGGGCACUAAAGGAAUGUCAUCUGAUUACUCUGAUGAUGGUCCCAGCAACUCAGAGGAUGAGACCAUCGCACAGUGGCAGAGCAAGGUGACAGAGCUUCGAGGCGAGGUGGACCAGCUGAGGAGCAUCAUCUGUAACAAGUAUGCAGAGGACCAAGGAGGCAACAUGGAGUGUAACCCACAAUGAACACUCUGUAAUCUCAGUGCUGGAUCAAAUCUAAUGAUCAUCUCAUUGUGAUGUAUUAUGUUAUCUGAGUAACAAAAACGACUGAUAUGACAAAACUACAGUUGAAAAAAGUGUAAAAUUUGUGAUUGUUUUGAGAACAAAUAUACUACCACAAAGGAAGUGAUGUUCUAUAAACCUCUUAAGGGUCAGUGCAGAAAAUUUCAUUAACGCUUUGGUUGAUGUUGACUUUGCUGUCAGUAUUAAUUUUGUUGGUGGAUACAAAGAUGACAGAAUCUGGUGAAACAGGUGUCAGCCAUUGACAAUCAAGACCAACUAUUUUAUACAUUCUUUUUACAACUACCUACAUAGAUAUAAGGCAAAUCAUUUGUAGACUAACUGAUAAGAAAUUUAAGGCCCCGGUGUGAGCUUGUAGGGCACUAUGUCUAUUUGAAAUUGAAUCGGUGGCCAUGAGAAUAACAUAAACCACAUUAUUCAUCAAUCCUUUGUUAACUGUUAUGAAGCUACUCUUGUAGACUGUUUGUCAUACCAUGUGCAAAAAGAGUCUUCGUUUGUUGUAUAUAUGUUUUGAUUUUGAACCAAAGCUAAUGUCAUUAAGAAUAGAGACAGUAAUUAAAACUGUCAUGAAAAUAAUACAACACUAUUAACAGCAUCAAGCAUGGCUGAGAUUUUGUUACUGUUCUAUACAAUUACACAUACUUGUGGGAUCGGCUAUAGUUACAAUGUACAUCCAAUCCUCUGCUGGUCAAUGGUAGGCUUUCUUCCAGACUGCCAAGCUCUUCCUCAAAACAAGAACCAAGAAUGUUUUAUAAACUGUUUUAGAGUCUCAAUCCAGUUUAAGAUAACACAGUUAUGUUUUUUCCAUCUUCAGAUCCGUAAACCCAACGAGUGAAAAAUAAAAAACUCCCAUGAUCCCUCAUUGACUGUCCACACACUAUGUGGUGUGGUUAUUGUUUUGACUUAGCAGUAAAUUUGUGUUCGAAAUGUCCAAGAAUCUCAAGUAUAAUCAGAAGUACACAUUUCUACACAUAUAAUGGCCCUGUUGAUUUUGGAUAUUUAAGAUGAGCUGUAUAUCUUGCCAGGGAGAAUCACAUGAUUGUCUUCACAUGUCGGAUGUGUUUAUCACAAGUUAUGUUUAUUAGUAUUAUGAACAACUGAAACGUCUUGUUCCAUUAUCUUAAUGAUGCAUGAAUUAGAAGAUAAAGCGACUCUGUUUUCAAUUUUGCGGUCCUUUAUCGUUGAUUUAAGACCGCUAAAUGUA